GGCAUUAGGAGCCUGAUUAGAACUUCCAUUUUCAUGGACUAAGAGGGCUCCUAAGGCCAUUCUAUCAUCAUCAUCAUUUCAUCAUCAAUCUUGAUUUCAUUGAAGAAUGACUCAGCUUAGCCGUCAAAAGUUUCACUUCAACAUGAAAAAAGCGAUUCUGUGGCGAAUCGCCGUCCUUAAGCAGUGUCUCAAGUCAAUUUGGAACCAGUUUCUUGCUUGUUGGAUAGGAAAAUCAGUCAGGUAUAGACAUUUGCAGCAGAAGAUGAUCAGUUCUGCACCUCAUUCAGGUGUCAUUGGUAGUGGCUUUUCUUCCAAAAUCAUGGGCUCACCUUCCCCAGAUAUUGAUAAAGAUUCGUCUGAUUUAGUUACUUUGAAGAUUAGUCUCUGGGGUGAUUGUCAAAUUGGCAAAACAAGUUUUCUGGCAAAGUAUGUCGGAAGAGAUAAUGGAGUAGUCGUCUCUGCAAUUCCAGGGAUAAAUCAAAUGGACAAAACAUUAUCAGUUAAAGGGGCUCGGAUUUCUUAUAGCAUCUGGGAAGUAAGAGGCGACAAUUCUUCUCAUGAUCACAUUCCAGUUGCUUGUAAAGAUUCUGUAGCCAUGAUUUUCAUGUUUGAUCUCACAAGCCGGUGCACAUUGAAUAGCGUGAUCAGAUGGUAUAAGCAAGCCAGAAAAUGGAAUCAGACAGCCAUUCCGGUGAUGGUUGGAACAAAGUUCGAUGAUUUUAUCCAAUUACCAAUAGACAUUCAAUGGACAAUUGCAAGUGAGGCAAGGAAAUAUGCAAAGGCACUCAAUGCAACCCUUUUCUUUUCAAGUGCAACUUACAACAUAAAUGUGAAUAAAAUCUUCAAGUUCAUUACGGCCAAGCUGUUCAAUUUACCAUGGACUUUGGAGCGCAAUCUCACCAUUGGAGAACCUAUGAUUGAUUUCUAGAGGUUCUUUCUUUUUUUUUUUCCCCUUACUCUCAACCGGUCACUGGUUCUGUCACAAUGAUACUGCAACCAGUGAAAAUUCGUGUUGUUUACUUCCCCAUGAAAGUCAUGGGAGGAGUUUUGUAGCCUUUUUGUGCUCCAAGCUUUGUUUUUUUGUGAAUGCUUUUCUUUAAUUUUCAAAGCAAAAGAUAAGGCCAAGAGCCACCUUGUUCUCUGUUUACUUUG